AUGCUGAACAGAGCUGGCAGAGUUGAGGAUCUUAGGGUAGAUGAAUUUCUAGCUUGUUUCAACAAUUCGUCUGAAUUUGAGGCAGAACUGAAAUCUGCUGGUGAGAAGCUUAUAGUAGUGGAUUUCUCUGCCACAUGGUGUGGACCGUGCAAAAUGAUCAAGCCCUUUUUCCAUAGCUUGUGUGAGAAGUAUGGCAAUGUGGUGUUCAUCGAAAUUGAUGUGGAUGAUGCCCAGGAUGUUGCCGCACACUGCGAUGUGAAGUGCAUGCCAACAUUCCAGUUCUACAAGAAUGGAAAGAAGGUGCAGGAGUUCUCUGGGGCCAAUAAGGAGAAGCUGGAAGAGACCAUUAAAAGUCUAGUCUAAUCUCCAGCCAUGGAGACAUUGAAGCAUGACUGCUUAGGCUGAAUUACAGCCUGUAACUUUUCUACUUAAAAUUAAAAAAGCCAGCUAGGUUAAAUGGCAGAAACAAUCUUCUUGAUCUAUGUAAAUGAGUCCAAUAAAGUGUAAAUUCUUCACUUUU